AAGUUAAUGGGCUAAGAUAUGACAAUCGGUACUGUUAUCGCUACGUUUCACCUAACACCUAUACCAUCUCAUAUUAUUAUGCUGCUGCUGGUCAUUGCAUCAAUACCUCAGUCUGUCAAAAUGGACAGAUACAAUUACUUGAUACUAAUGCUGUAUUGCUGUGUGUAAAUGGAGAGUGGCAUGCAUUAUGUAGUACAGCAUGGUCCUCUACUCAAGCACAAGUUGUAUGUAGACAAUUAGGAAAGGAUACAAAAGGAGCUAUGGCAGUGAAUGUUUCAGUAGCUACUGAUACUAUGUCAGUAAUACCAAUACCAGUUAACUUUGACUGUCUUGGAAAUGAAAUGUUUUUAUAUAAUUGUUCAGAUAGUGGCUCAAUUUCUUGUGAUGAUGCAUCUUCUCAAACUACAGUUGUUGCUGGUGCUAUAUGUGAAGAUUUGCCUGGUCCUCCUUCAAAUCUUACUGUCAAUAGCCAACAGUCAGAUAUUACAUUACAUUGGGAAUACACUGAUGAUGCUAAUAAUGUGUCUAAUUUUAGUGUUUACUGUAAACAUGACAAGACUGUUAAUCCUCAACUGCACUUGAAUAUCAAAACUGAGCUAAGCUUGCUGACAAAGAACAACAGUGCAACACUGAUUGGUUUAUUAGCCAAUACUGUGUACACAUGCUGUGUGUCUGCUGUAUUCCCUUAUAUGGAGACUGAAUCAACAUGCAUUAAUGUAAUAAAAGGUCAGUUCUGUAAUUUUAAUUUAAAAUAUUUCAUAUUUGCAGGGUAUCAAGAAGCUGGUUCUAGCAAUUCUUCUACAUUAUCAUCUAUUCCUGCUGGUAACUUAAAGAGCAUAAAAUUAAUGGUCUCAUUAUUGUGUAUUUUAUUGCAGCUACUGCAACUGUAGCAUCAUCAUCAUCAAUUCAU